CAGCGACGCCUAACCCGCGGCGUAGGGUCAACUCGGCGCUGCCAUCUUCUUAUCUUACGGGCCCUGAUCUCCCGAUAUAUGUUCAAUUCCUUUGCUCUUUUUUAAUCCCCCUAUAUACUUUAAAUCCUCUUAAUCUUUCCAAAUCUUCUAAUAUGCUCCUUAAUCCCUCUAUAUGUUCAAACUACAUGUGUUGUAAUUGCCUGUAUCUUAGCGAGUUUUCGCGCCCCGCAGAAAAUUCUUGCAUAUUUGGACUCAGCUCGGUGAGACGAAUCGAUUGUAUAUAUUUUGAGUUUCGAUCUCAGUGGACCUAUAGUAAAGCGACCCCGAUAUAUUCUCAGAAAUCCCCUUAUAUCCUCAAAUAACUUAAUACCCACAAAUCCCCUAUA